AUGAAAGAAACAACAAAAGAAGAUAAGACCACUAAAACAACCCGAAUUAACCCUAAAACAGACACAAAUGAAGAAAUUAGUUCUGCCUGUAAGGAGGACCCUAUAAGUAUAACAGCAGUACAACGGGCACUGCCUUCUAUCCUGUGCAUUCACGGGAUUCUUUGUUUUUUAUUGCUUAUCUUUAUAAUAAAGAAGAUAAAAAAAAUAAUUUCAAGAAAGCCGAACAAUGAAGUUGUUCCAUCUGUGAUAACCAAUCAUAUACUAGUUAUUAGGCGUAUUCCUGAUGGGAAUAUUUCCUGUGUUACUAAUUUACGGGAGUAA